ACAACUUACAUGGAACGCUUUUAAUUGUUGUUGUCAUUUGCUACGAAAACAAUUUGUUGGAUUUGUUUGUGGGUUUGCCUGGAUAUUUAUUUAAUUUUCAGUGGUUUUUAAACAUCGAAACAUGUCGAAAGUGACUGUCCAGGACAUAGAGGCAGUGGACGACUAUUGGGGUCCUACAUUUCGCUCAAUUCUAGAAGGUGACAACAAGGAGUCCAUAUCGGAACAGUUGGAGCAACGUAUACGCAGCCAUGACAAGGAAAUUGAAAGAAUUUGUAAUCUUUCGUAUCAGGGAUUUAUCGAUUCCAUACAAGAGCUGUUGCAAGUACGAACCCAGGCACAUCAGCUGGCCACUGAGGUGCAAGCGUUGGACAAAUCAUUGCAACAAAUCAGCGCCGCCCUUAUCCAGCAGGGCAAUGAUCUGGUUAAGGCCAGACAAAUUGAAUCAAAUUUGGCCUCGGCCAUUGAUGCCCUCAAGGAAUGUCUGCCUGCCUUGGAAUGUUACAUUCGGUUUUGCCAACAGGCUUCCAAUAAACAGUACUAUCAAUCUCUGAGAACUCUGGAGACGCUGGAAAUGCAGCACUUACCCAAAUUGCAAAGUUAUAAAUUUGUCACACAAAUGCGCCAUGCCAUACCGGUAAUCAAAGAGAAUAUACGUCGUUCCUCGGAGGCUGAUUUUCGAGAGUUUCUCGAGAAUAUACGCAAAUUCUCACCCAAAAUCGGCAAGGAAGCAAUCGAACAUACCAAGAAAUUGCAAAAACGUGAUAUCAACACCAUCAUUGAAGAUCAUAAAAAUUCGGUGAAUAAACGUGACUCCACGACGGAUGAGGAUAAUCUAAGUGCACAGGACUUAAUAGAUUUCUCACCCAUAUAUCGAUGCCUCCACAUCUACACCGUACUGGGUCAGCGGGAAUAUUUCGAAAAAGAUUACCGUCAACAGCGAAAAGAUCAGGCAAAACUUGUGCUCCAGCCACCACCGGGAAUGCAUGACAAUUUGGAUGCCUAUAAAUUGUACAUAUGUGCCAUUGUGGGGUUCUUUGUGGUGGAAGAUCAUGUCAAGAAUACGGCAGGUGAUGUGGUGACAACCAGCUAUCUGGAAGAGUUGUGGUCAACAUCGUUGACAAAAUUUGUCAAUGAAAUAAGUAUGAGCUCAUCAUCGUGUACAGAUCCCAAUAUUUUGUUGAGAAUUAAAAAUCUCAUUAUGCUCUCCAUUAAUACCUUCAAAUGUUAUGGCUAUACGGUGAAUGUGCUGUGGGAGUUGUUGCAAAACAUGCGAGAUCAUUAUAAUGAGGUUCUUUUACAACGCUGGGUCCAUGUUUUCCGUGACAUACUCGACAAGGAACAAUUCCUGCCCAUGGUCGUUGAGAAUCAAGAAGAAUAUGAGGCAAUUAUUGAACGUUUCCCCUUCCAUUCGGAGCAAUUGGAAAAUGCUCCCUUUCCCAAGAAAUUCCCAUUUUCUCGCAUGGUUCCCGAAGUCUAUCAUCAAGCCAAAGAAUUUAUGUAUGCCUGCAUGAAAUUUGCUGAAGACUUAACCCUCUCUCCCAAUGAAGUGGCUGCCAUGGUACGAAAGGCAGCAAAUCUCCUGCUGACACGCAGCUUUAGUGGUUGUCUAUCAGCCGUAUUCCGCAAUCCCAGUGUGGCCUUGCCGCAACUUAUACAAAUCAUAAUUGAUACACAGUACUUGGAAAAGGCCAGUCCAUUUUUGGAUGAAUUUGUCUGUCACAUGACCAACACUUCGAGUAGUGUUACCCAAUCGCAUUCAGCCAUGUUUCAUGUGGCCCGACAAGAUGCCGAACGGCAAGUGGGUAUACGUAUAUGUUCGAAAAUUGAUGAAUUCUUUGAACUCUCCGAAUACGAUUGGAUGCUGGUAGAGCCCCCCGGCAAGGCGUCUGCUUUUAUAACUGAUAUGAUUUCCUAUCUCUCCAAUACCAUUGAAAGUUUUGCCUCCAAACUGCCGAGCAUAGCCCAAACGGCAUGUCAUCGUACCUGCGAACAUAUGGCGGAGAAAAUUUGGUCUAUACUCUUCGAUGAUGAGGUGAAGCAAAUAUCCAAUGGGGCACUACAUCAAAUCAAUUUGGAUUUAAUGCAAUGUGAAUUUUUUGCCGCAAAGGAUCCGGUGCCCGGUCUCAAGGAGGGAGAUCUAACAAGAUACUUUUUAAAAUGUCGCCAAUUGUUGGACCUCCUAACAAUGGAAGAGUGGGCCACAUAUCUGCAUGAUUAUGGCACCAAAGAAGAUCGUUACAAUUUGGUACACCCCCAGUCGAUAAUAGUCAUAUUGGAGAAGAUACGCGAAGCCGAUAGGAAAACAAUGUUUUCGGGCUUGCGUAAGAAUGAUAAGAAAAAGCUGCUGGAAACAGUUUUGAAACAAUUGAAAAAUUUAGCCGAACGACAAAAUUAAAAUUAGUUUAAAUUGGGGUAUUUAUGCAAAAAUUUGGCCACACAACAACAUUCCUCAGAAGAGAUUUUGAGAACAAAAUUUGAAAAGGAAAUAUUGGUAUUAUAAGAAUUAAAUAAAUAUUAAUUUUAUAUGUUUGGGAGAAAUAUCCAUAAAUGUGUAACAUUAGUAAUAAUAAGGCUUUAAAAAAGUGCAAGUUAUAAAUAAAAUAAAUUAUUUAACAUUUA